AUGAGCGUGUCCCAACUCAUUACCGAGAUCAACAAUACGUAUCACACAAACAAGCAAGAGAAAUUUAACAGUUUGACGAAACUACUCUCUGUGAAUCCAGCAGAGAAUGGUUAUAUAGCAUCUAUUUACAACAACACUUCAACGUCGCAAUUGAAAACGUUGUAUGACGAUGAUUGGCCAGCAUUUCCAACAGUUGUAUCCAGUUUUGUCAAACUUUGCAAUGAAAUGGAUCCAUGGUCUGUCUUGCAAUCGUUUGAUCUAUACACCACAUAUCUUAAUGAUUUAUCGGUUGCAUUCAACAAUAACAAUUUUGGUUGGCUUUUAUCAGGUGUAAUUAAAUCAACUAUAGGGAUAGUGACACCAUGGGCAUUACAAUUGGACACGCAGAUGUUCUUCAAGGAGAAUGGUGGGAAAUAUCGAUUAAAUUAUAUUGCCAGUGUGAUUUUGAAAAUCUUUAACAAUAUUCGAAUCAAUUCAAAUGCCUAUAAAGAGUCGAUUAUAUUGUAUCUAGGGAACAAGCUUUGCUUUAUAUAUUGGAAGUUGGAUAACCCUUUGCUUUGUCGGAAUAUCUUUAGCAAUAUGAAUAAUACUAAUUUACAGUUGGCAGAUUUCCCCAUGGUUGAGCAGUUGAAAUAUCGGUAUUACCUAGCGCGGUACUACUUUAUCAAAUAUGAAUUGAUUGAGAGUUUUGAGUUGUUGAAAUGGUGUUUGAUUAGGACGAGUAGUGGCAAGAACCAACAAUUGAUACUUGAGCUAUUCAUUCCAAUCAGUUUGGUUAUCGGCAAGACCCCAAACUUUAUCGCAUUGAAACAAUCACAAAGGAAUAACCAAUACGUGGUAAAUUUUUUAUCCAUGUAUGAAGAGAUGUCUAAAGCUAUACGACCAGGUGAUUAUGCAUUGUUCAAAUCCAUAGUGGAAAAGAAUCAUCGCUACUUAAAGAGCAAAAACUUACUACUCUUGACGAACAAGAUGGAGAUUUUAAUUUAUCGAAAUUUGGUGAAAAAUUGUUGGAAGAUACUAGGAAGACAAACUACAAUGCCUUAUAACCUUGUCCCAAUUCAAGACAUCUACUUUAAAGAAAACUUAUUUGUCACUUUGAUUGAUUCAAAUUUAAUCAAGGGUAAAUUGACAAACAAGUCAGUGGUGUUGAGCAAGAAUGAUCCAUUCCCCAAAGUGUUUGAUAUCUACAUGAAACGAUUCAAAUCAAAAUAUAACCAAUGGAUGUAG